GCCCGUGCCUUGCAGGUAGGAGGCGCUGCGCAGAGGGAGGCGUGUGUGAGCGCGUGUGCAGGCCCCCUUGAGCUGUUCGCACCCCCCAGCACCUCCUGCUGGGCUGAGCCAGCAUGUUCUCCUGCGUGACGUCCAGUGAGGACCAGAACUACUCAGCCCUGAAGCGGGCCUGUCUGCGCAAGAAGGUGCUCUUCGAGGACCCCACCUUCCCAGCCACAGACGACUCCUUGUACUAUAAGGGCUCCCCAGGGCCCACGGUCAGAUGGCAAGCGGCGAGCCGAAGGUCAGACAUCUGCGAGGACCCCCGGCUCUUUGUGGAUGGCAUCAGCUCCCACGACCUUCACCAGGGCCAGGUGGGCAACUGCUGGUUCGUGGCCGCCUGCUCGUCACUGGCCUCUCGUGAGUCGCUGUGGCAGAAGGUCAUCCCAGACUGGAAAGAGCAAGAAUGGGAUCCCGAGAAGCCCGAAUCCUAUGCUGGCAUCUUCCACUUCCACUUCUGGCGUUUUGGGGAAUGGGUGGACGUGAUUAUUGAUGAUCGGCUGCCCACAGUCAACAACCAGCUCAUCUACUGCCACUCCAACUCCCGCAAUGAGUUCUGGUGUGCCCUGGUGGAGAAGGCUUAUGCCAAGCUGGCAGGUUGUUACCAGGCACUGGAUGGGGGCAACACCGCAGACGCCCUGGUGGACUUCACAGGUGGCGUGUCCGAGCCCAUUGACCUGACCGAGGGGGACUUCGCACAUGAUGAGGCCAAGAGGAACCAGCUCUUUGAGCGGAUAUUAAAGGUGCACAGCCGGGGCGGCCUCAUCAGCGCCUCCAUCAAGGCCGUGACAGCGGCCGACAUGGAAACCCGCCUCUCAUGUGGCCUGGUGAAGGGCCACGCAUAUGCCAUCACCGAUGUGCGCAAGGUACGCCUUGGCCAUGGCCUGCUGGCCUUCUUCAAGUCCGAGAAGCUGGACAUGAUACGCCUGCGCAACCCCUGGGGGGAGCGGGAGUGGAACGGACCCUGGAGCGACACCUCAGAGGAGUGGCAGAAAGUGAGCAAGAGUGAGCGAGAGAAGAUGGGUGUGACCGUGCAGGAUGACGGCGAGUUCUGGAUGACCUUUGAGGACCUGUGCCGCUACUUCACCGACAUCAUCAAGUGCCGCCUGAUGAACACAUCCUACCUGAGCAUCCACAAGACCUGGGAGGAAGCACGGCUGCACGGCGCCUGGACGCACCAUGAGGACCCCCGACUGAACCGCAGUGGUGGCUGCAUCAAUCACAAGGACACCUUCUUCCAGAACCCCCAGUAUGUCUUUGACGUGAAGAAGCCAGAAGAUGAAGUGCUGAUAUGCAUCCAGCAGCGGCCAAAACAGUCUACACGUCGUGGGGGCAAAGGCGAAAACCUGGCUAUUGGCUUUGACAUCUACAAGGUGGAAGAGAACCGCCAGUACCGCAUGCACAGCCUUCAGCCUCGGGUCGCCAGCUCCAUCUACAUCAAUUCCCGAAGUGUUUUUUUGCGCACGGACCAGCCCGAGGGCCGCUAUGUCAUCAUCCCCACCACCUUCGAGCCAGGCCACACAGGCGACUUCCUGCUCCGAGUCUUCACAGAUGUGCCCUCCAACUGCCGGGAAUUGUGCCUGGAUGAGCCCCCUAAGACCUGCUGGAGCUCCUUGUGCGGCUACCCCCAGCAGGUGACCCAGGUGCAUGUCCUGGGGGCCGCUGGGCUCAAGGAUUCAACAGGGGCUAACUCCUAUGUGAUCAUCAAGUGUGAAGGGGACAAAGUUCGUUCGGCCGUGCAGAAAGGCACCUCAAACCCUGAGUACAAUGUAAGGGGCGUCUUCUACUGCAAGAAGCCAGACCAGCCCAUCACUGUCCAGAUCUGGAACCACCGAGUCCUGAAGGAUGAGUUCCUGGGCCAGGUGCAACUGAAGGCAAAUCCGGAUGAACUCCAGACCCUGCACACCCUCCACCUUCAAGACCGCAGCAGCCGCCAGCCCAAUGACCUGCCAGGCACGGUCGCUGUGAACGUGCUCAGCAGCACCUCUCUCGUGGCUGUCUGAUCCCCGUUCUCUUCAUGGUCCCACAGCAUGAGGACUGUCAGGCCAGACACAUUGGUGCCCACUUCCCAGCCCCUCUGCUGACUGACUAUUGGACCUCGUGUGUAGGGAGGUCUCUAUCCUUCUCUGAACAUCAGUGUCUGAGGAUGCCAAAGCAUUUCCUGCUCAUGGUGGAAUCUUCUGGCCUGAGAUAUAAAAUAGCCUUCUCUACCCCCCACUUGUCACUGCCUGAGGCUCUCAACAGGCAGAAACCUUUCCUAAAGACCCUCAGUUGUCAGUGGAUGGAG